AUGGCGGGCCUCUUUUCCGUUUGCUUGCUCCAGAUUCUCUCCUCCUUGGCGCUGGCUGCAGACGCUGGAGGCGAUCCAGGGCACAUACCCGCUGAUUCGGGCUUUGCGGCACCAUUUCUCCCAAACGAACAACUCUAUGGAAAUGGCGCGUUCCAGAGAGCCGGGCGUCAAGGGAAUCCAUACUAUGCAAGUGGAGACCCGGUGGCAGAUUAUUCGUAUCAGCAGCCCUUGCACGCCGCACCUUUUUCAUAUGAGCACCAGCAGUCCACAAUAAACUACUCCCAGGCGCCUGGAUUAUAUCAACCGCCUCAUUAUGAUUCGCCACUUGGGGGGGUCCCAUAUGGCGUCCCGCAUCAACCACCAUAUCCGUCACAUGCAGCACCUGGAGGAACCAUGGACGGACAGCCUCCACACGACGGAAAAUUUCCGUCUGAUGCGUACCCGCAGCAGGGUGUUGAAGCAGGCCAUGCGCAAGUGGGAGCCGGCGCUGGUCGGUAUUACGCGGCGUCAGAUUACCAAAGUGCUGCUGGAACGCCCCGGGCAGAGAUCGUGCUGCGUGAGCAGCCCUACAGCAUCGAUGACUCGUCCAGGAGACCCGUACAGCAGGUGCGUUUGAAAGGAAUCAAGACGCUCAUGACAAGCCUGGUUGCGGCGGCGCUCGGGUUCCCGAUGUCUGCGGGCGUGUUGGGUUUUGUUGCUGGGUACCGCUUCCUCAGCUCUCUGGAAGAACGGAACAGGAGAGAAGAGGAACUCGAAAUGAAACAAAAGCGGAGACUCAUGAAACGCAGGAUAAGGGCGAUGCAACAAACGGAGGCGCCGGAACAAGGCAGAUACGUAGGGGAAGGCCCUGGCAGGAGCAUGCCCUAG